AUGGAGGAUGCCCGCCUGCGCCCGGUGCUGAACCGCAUCGAAGACCUGCACCGAGCGGGGCUUAACUCGCUCAUGGUGGUCGCCAACUUCCUGUGCCGCCGGCUGGACCCCCAGAGGGAAUGCGCCCGCCCCGCCUGGAUGUACAUCGAGCCUUGUGACGUGACGAGGACGUGCGUAGGCGAGGACGGGGACCUUGACGAGGGGGCCCUAGCGGCGAUGCUCAAGGUGGUGACCGGCGUUGAAGACCUUGCCCGGGCGGGGCCGAUUGACCGCACGGGGCGCCGAGACCCUGGGACACUGCACAUCCCCGGGGCGGAUGACAACGGAGGGCGAGGCGCUGCCGCUGACGAUGGCAGGCCGCCGAGCUGGGUCGACAAGGGGAAGCGUCCUCGGGUGUUUAUCCCCCAACCGUCCUCGUCCUCUUCAUCGCCAUCACCUUUGCAAUCCCCGCGCCGAGAACCCCGGCCUACGGCUGGUGGUGCGACUGCCGGUGGCCGAACUGGCCAGCCCUCGGGAGCCGGUUCUGGGGCGGAUGCUGGGACCAGCUCACAGCGGCUCAGGGGCCAGAGCCCAUCCCCGAAGAGGAGAAGGCCGGAACCCAGGCCGAACACCCCAGAAUUCCAGAUCCUGCAGUCCCGGUGGCGGUACCACGGACCAAAAAGCACGCCUCCCAAGGACUCUGUAGGAGGUCGGACGUCUCCCGAGCAGCCGAGGCCUCCCCCUGUCCCUGAGUCGAGAGCCCCGACUAGUUUUGUCCCGAGCCCUCUGACUGGGGAGGAGCAGCCGGCGUCAGGGGAGGUCGUCACGAUGAGGGUGGCAUUGGCAUGGCCGCCGUCGGGGUCCCCGAGCGCUUCUGCUGAAAGGGCUCGGAGGGGACCCAGCUCUCGGCCAUCCCCUGGCCAGGCCCCGGAACCCCUCCCCGAGGUGCUAGGUAGCGCUCGAGAGGUGAUCAGGCGGCUCGAGGCGGCCAUUGCGGCGGAGCGAGCCAAGCUCGAAGAGGAGCGUGCCGCCCUAGAGCUGGCCGUGGAGCGGGAGGCACUGGAGGAGGUCCGUGAGGAGGCUGUCACUGCACAGGAGGAGGCCGACUGCCUAGGGCGGCUCGCGGCGGAGCGCGAGCAAGCGUCGAGGAAGCGCACCGGCGAACUAGCUACUCGCGAGGAGCGGCUUGCCUUGCGGGAGCAGGAGGUUGCCUCGCGGGAGGAGGCGGUCGGCAAGGGGGAGGAAAUGUUGCGGUCCGCCCAGGCGGACCUCCGCUACCAAGCCAACGAUCUUGAGUGCGGCCGCACCGACGUUCUCCGCCCUGAGGAGCAGGUCACACUGCGUGAGACGGAUACUGAUUUGGCGUCGUCAGCGCUUGCCGCCCAGGAGGAGAACGUCACCAACGAGGAGGCAGGCUUAACUGCCCGAGAGCAGGCCAUUGAGGCCCGGGCCAAGCGACUGGAGCAGGCCCGGAUCGAGGUAGCUGCCCAAAUCUAG